CGUUUCCAGUAAUUUCUACGGGCAACAAAACCAGCGGCAGGAGUCGAGAGGUUUCGAGAAGCGAGCUGGUCUCACCGGUAUUAGAAACGUUUCGCCGCCUUCUCCAUUCAUUUCAGUUGAAUAUCUGUUUUAACGCCGAUUCAACAUGGCGAAGUGGGGAGAAGGAGACCCUCGCUGGAUCGUGGAGGAGAGAGCGGAUGCUACAAAUGUCAACAACUGGCAUUGGACGGAGAGGGAUGCUACAAACUGGUCAUCAGAGAAGCUGAAGGAACUACUUAUGGGGCUGCGGGUGGAGAGUGACGACGGCAUGUGUGAGAUCACAGAGUUCAGCAAGGUGGAGGGAGAGGCAUCUAUUAACAACCGGAAAGGGAAACUUAUUUUCUUCUAUGAAUGGAAUCUAAAGGCCACCUGGACAGGGACAUCAAAGUCAGGAAUCAAAUACAAGGGGAAUAUAGAAGUUCCGAACCUUUCAGAUGAAAAUGACAUGGAUGAUCUUGAUAUCAGCGUGAGUCUUUGUAAAGAUGAGCCUGAGACAACGUUGCUCUCUCUGAUGAGGAGGGAGGGAGCGGAUAAAGUUCGUUUAACACUCGCCAGCUAUGUGGACUUCCUCAAAACAGAGUUCACACAGGGCAUGAUUCUGCCUACAGCCAAUGGUGUGACAAAACAGCAGAACGCCCAGGCACCAGUUAAGUCGAACAAAACUCAGAUCAGCUCAUCCACUGCUGCUGCUCCUCCUCCCAGCACAGGGGUGAAGAUCCCCACUUGCAAGUUUUCACUAAAGGACACUUUCCUCACCUCACCAGAUGAGCUUUACAGGGUCUUUUUAAACCAAGAAGUAAGUUUUGGUCAACUGCUGUGGAACUGAGAUUGAUGAGCUGUGUAAAAAUUGAAAUUAUUUCAACUUGACACAGCGUAUUAAAACCAUGGCGCAAAGAGAGAGACGCUGCAAACGGCACGAGACGAAGGCAUAACAGUUAAACACGUCCGUCUAAAGCGUGUUUACAUAGAAAAACUAUAUAAAAGUGGUUCAGCAGAAUUGAAAAACGUCUUCUGUGUAAAAUGCACAAAAAUACAACACAAAUUGGUUUGUUUAUAUUUCGCAGUACUCAACACCUAAAAAAGCUUCUGACCUCUCCAACUCAUAUUACGUGCGAUAAAAAUUAGCCUAGUACCUAUAGAGUAGUAUUGCAUACUUUGUGUCUUCAAAGAGUGUUUAGUUUGAUCACAUUUAUAAAAGAUAGAUACAGCUGUACGAUUAUUUCUGGAAAAAUACGACCUCCUGGGGGUGUGCGGGGCGGGGGAACUAAAUCACGCGCUCACAAUACAACAUCGCAUUGAUUCACUAUAAGUUCAUGUUGUUUACAUUAUGCAUGUGCGCACCCAUUGCCAACAAAACACAGACAUAUGACUUGGUUUCACUUACCGCAUGCGGUUCAUGUCCGGCAUCUUUUGGAGCACUGGGACCACUCCAUCUAUCAGUUUCAAACGAUCUGCAAAUCCAGCUUCAUAUCCACUGUUUAUAUAACAUCCAUCCAUAAACAAACACACCUCAACUUCUCUCAGUA